GUGAGUCAUCAGACAAAAAUACAAUCAAACAUGAUUUGAACUCUCCGGAUCAAAAAGCCAGGAGUUUAACUGUUUUGGCACCCUCUGGCGGGAAACACGCAGCAGCCACAUUCGCUUUUCCAACCAAAACUUCAUUUCACUCUUAACACCAUCGAGAAAACAAAAAUGGCGAAACCCCUAAAGAGUAUCUCACCGUUCCGACUCGCUUCCCUCCUCCGCCUCCAGAAAGACCCCUACCUCGCCCUCCACCUCUUCCUGAACCCUAACCCUAACCCCAACAAACCCUUCCGUUACUCCCUCCUCUCCUACGACAUCAUCAUCGCCAAACUCGGCCGCGCCAAAAUGUUCGACGAAAUGGACCAGAUUCUCCAGCAAUUAAAAACCGAAACCCGCUUCAACGCCGAUGAAAUCAUCUUUUGCAACAUCAUCACCUUCUACGGCCGAGCUCGGCUGCCCGAUCGAGCCCUCCAUAUAUUCAACCAAAUCCCGUCUUUUCGAUGCCAAAGAACGAUAAAAUCCUUCAACACCCUUUUAAACGCCCUGUUAAGUUGUCGGGAAUUCGGUAAAAUGAGAGAAGUAUUUGUGGGUUUGGAUCGGUUUGUGGCUCCGGAUGCGUGUAGUUAUAAUGUGUUGAUUAGAGCGGGGUGUUUGAUGAACGAUUUGGGUAGUGCACGGGAGGUGUUCGAUGAAAUGCAAAAGAGAGGGGUUCGGCCUGACGCGGUGACGUUUGGGACGUUGAUUAGUGGGCUUUGUGCGGGUGGUAAGUUAGAUGAAGCGUUUAAGUUGAAAGAGGAUAUGGAGAGGGGUUUUAGGGUGAGGCCGGAUGGUUUUGUUUAUGCGUCGCUGAUUAAAGGGCUGUGUAAGGUGAAUGAAUUGAGUUUGGCUUUUAAGCUUAAGGAUGAGAUGUUGGAACGUAGAGUUGAAUUGGAUUCGGCGGUGUUUUCUACUUUGAUUAGCGCACUUUUCAAGGCCGGGAGGAAGGGAGAUGUCGUUGGAGUUUUGAAGGAAAUGAAAGAAAACGAGUGCAAGCCUGAUGCAGUAACUUAUAACGCAAUGAUAUAUGGGUAUUGCCUGGAGAAAGAUUUUGAUGCAGCAUUUGGUGUUUUAAGUGAAAUGGAAAAGAAGAGAUGCAAGCCGGAUGUCAUAUGCUAUAAUGUAAUUAUUGGUGGGUUUUGCAGGGAGGGUAAAUUUAGAGAAGCAACUGAAUUAUUUGAAGAUAUGCCGAGAAGAAAGUGUGCCCCCGAUGUGGUAACGUAUAGGACCCUAUUUAGCGGGCUUUGCAAUGGAAUGCAGUUCCAGGAAGCUGCACUUAUUUUGGAUGAGAUGGUUUUCAAAGAUUAUUCCCCUAGCACUGCAAGUAUAGGGAAAUUUGUAGAUGAGUUGUGUCAAGCUGGUAAUCUGAAGUUGUUAUUGACAAUCCUAAAUAGUUUGGCAAAAGGAAAUUUAAUUGAUUCAGUCACAUGGAGUAGGGUGAUUCCGAUGGUGUGCAAGAACAAUACGUUGUUGAAUGCCUCUGCGCUUGUAGAAACCUUGCUAAUCCCAUAAAUUGAUGCUCUGCCAAUCAGGUUGAUUUGACAUCGCGUAAAGGUGCAUCUAAAAUGGCUGAGCAAUUGUGAGGACUCACACACUCUUCCAAACAAAGAGAGUCUCAAGACGGAGGCAAACAAAGAUAGAGCAGCUCGAUCGGUCUUGGAAGGAUUUUCUAAGUGCUGGCCAUCAAGUGCUUCUUCCAGCUGGAUAGAAUCUGAUUUUACUCCCUUCGAUAUGAAAAUUCUCAG